CCCCUACUAUUGUUUGUCGCACUUACACUGCUGCCGUAAGCUGUGUUGCAAACAAUAUCACUGUUUCGCUCAUCAAUAAUUCUCAAACAAAAUGACCUACCUACCGCUGCUGACGCUGCUGGUACUGACGACUAUAUUUGUACAGAUUGAGUGUUGGGAGAGUGUAGCAAUUCAUCGAACCUACGAAGAAAAUAUCAAUACAUGUUUACUGGGGAAAUAUCACAAAGACGUACCCAGUGUGGAGGAGAAACUUGCGGGUCAUUGCGACUCUUGGAAAGAAAGAUCGUGUUGCGAAGCAGAGACAACGGCCGCCAUGCACUACGCCGAUAUAUGGCAUGGAUUUGAUUGGAACCAUUGUGCUAACAUUUCAACACAGUGUUGGGACUUUAUGAUGAAAGAUCUAUGUCAUUAUGAAUGCUCACCAAAUUUGGGACCAUGGCUUGUACAUGUGAGUAUUGGGACAG